UCAAAAAUUCCUGUAUAAAUCGAAAUCAAAGCAUCAGCGAUUCAGUUUUUGUUAGCUAGUGAAGAGCUACGGUCAUUGAAAAAUGACAGUGCUGGGAGCUGAAAGCUUCAACAAUGCCUCAUUCAUGCCCAACAUGUGGGCGACCAUUUUCAUCGGAAUCCUGCUCAUGCUGACCAUCUAUCAUUUCUGGCUGCAGUCGUUGCGCUACAUAAAACUGGGCAAUAAAAUCCCUGGACCCGCACCUUGGCCCAUCGUGGGCAACAUGCUGAUGGCCAUCGGCAGGAACCCUAUUGAUAUGAUGAAGAUGGUGCUGGAUAUUUACCACAACUCGAAGAGCGACGUGCUGAAAGUCUACCUGGGGCCGAAGCUCUACGUGGCUUUGUCCAACCCCCAAGACAUAGAGCUGAUCCUCGGCAGCCAUGUUCAUCUGGAAAAGUCCUGGGAAUACGAACUGUUCGAGCCUUGGCUGGGCGAGGGUCUUCUGAUCAGCAAAGGCGAAAAGUGGAGGACGCACCGCAAGAUGAUUGCGCCGACGUUCCACUCGUCCAUCCUCAAGUCAUUUAUGCCCGUCUUCAACAAGAACGCCCGCGUUCUGCUGCAGCAGCUGGAUAAAGUGAAAGGGCAGGAGUUUGAUGUUCACGACUACAUGAGCGGAACCACUGUGGACAUUCUCUUAGAAACGGCAAUGGGAGUGAAAAAAACCGAAGAGGACAACACGGGCUUUGAAUAUGCCAAAGCCGUGAUGGACAUGUGCAACAUCCUCCAUUUACGGCACUACAAAGUAUGGCUGCGACCCUCCUUCAUUUUCAAGUGGACCAAGAUGGCCUCAGAACAAACCAAGCUGCUGCAGCUGAUCCACAGUCUGACUAGAAAGGUCAUCAAACGGAAAAAAGACGACUAUUUUGUACGCGCCUCCAAACAGGAGAGCAGCCUGUAUAAGGAGGCGCUCAAAGAGGAGAUGUUGGACCUCAAUGCGCCAGCAAAACCAAAUGAGCGAACCGAAAACUACAAGUAUAUCAGGGAUGACCUGGAAGACAUCGAGGACAACGACGUUGGCGAGAAAAAGCGCCUGGCUUUCCUGGACUUUAUGAUCGAAGCCAGCCAAACGUCUGGAACCAAGCUGACUGACGAGGAAAUCAAAGAAGAAGUUGACACCAUUAUGUUUGAGGGUCACGACACAACUGCAGCCGGGUCCAGCUUCGUCCUGUCUAUGUUGGGAGUGCAUCAGGAUGUGCAGGAAAAAUGCGUAGCCGAGCUAAAGGAGAUUUUCCAGGACGACUGGACUCGCCCUAUCACCUUUUUCGACACCCUCCAGAUGAAGUACCUGGAAAGAGUGAUCAUGGAAACGCUGCGCUUGUAUCCGCCAGUGCCAAUAAUUUCUAGAAAAAUCAACGAAGACGUGCAACUAGUCACUUGCGACCUGACAAUACCAGCGGGCAGUACCAUCUUAAUAUCCCAGUUUGCCACGCAUAAACACCCGAAAUAUUGGGAGAACCCGGACGUGUUCAAUCCAGACAACUUUCUGCCGGAAAAGUGCCAGGACCGGCACUAUUAUGCCUAUUUUCCUUUCAGUGCCGGCCCGCGAAGCUGCGUGGGUCGCAAAUACGCCAUGCUUAAGCUGAAAGUGAUCCUGGCCUCGGUCUUAAGACAGUUUGUGGUCACGUCGCUCAAGCAGGAGAAGGAUUUCAUGCUGCAGGCCGACAUCAUUUUGAAAAGGGCCGACGGAUUUGGAAUCACCAUCAAGGACAGGGUGGUCAACUGAUUUGUGUUUAUAUGUGCAGAUAUGGAAAUAAAUAGGAUUAGAUUAUG